AUGUCCGAUAAGGUUAGUUUUUGUUAAUUGAGUUAUUUUUCUCUGAAAAUUUUUUUUGCAGAAAAUCUUCAUUUUAUCCGGAGUUCGCACACCAAUUGCCUCAUUCCGUGGAAGUUUUGCCAACUUUGGAGCUGCUGAAUUGGGAGCUGUUGCCGCAAGAGAGGCUGUGAAGAGAUCAGGAGUUGCUCCCGCGGAAAUUGAGGAAGUUAUUGGUGGAUGUGUUUUGGCUGGUGGACUUGGGCAAAAUGUGACAAGACAAAUCACAUUGGGAGCAGGUUGGUCUUUUUGGGGGGAAUUUUUGAAAAGAAAAAUGAGCUAGACUCGAGAAUUCUGAUAGGAAAAAACUAUUUUCUUCCAUAAAUAAAUUUGAAGCGAUUUUUGAACCCUGGUAUCUAAAAUCGUGAUGAUUUAUAGGAAAAAUUAGACCAGGAACAUGAUUCAUAAUCUUUUUUCUAAAAAACUGCAAGAUUGGGCUCAAAUACUUUCUCAGUAAAAUAAUAUUCCACUGCACAUUUUUCUCGAAACUUGAAAAACCUUAGAAAAUCAUUUUCAACCCAAAAAUCAAAUUUUUUUUGUAUUCCAGGACUUCCUGUUGAAACUCAAGCAGUUACAAUCAACAAAGUUUGCUCUUCCUCAAUGAAAGCAUUGGUUCUGGCUGCUGUCGAAAUCAAGGCCGGUUAUCGAAAACGUGUUUUGGUCGUUGGAGCUGAAAAUAUGAGCCAAGUUCCAUUUUAUGUACAAAGAGGUGAAAUUCCAUACGGUGGAUUGAAAAUGGUUGAUGGAAUCGCUAAAGAUGGAUUAGAAGAUGCGAAUGAAAAACAACCAAUGGGAUUGUGUGCGGAGAAAACUGUUAGAGAAUAUGGGAUUACGAGAGAACAACAAGAUGCUUAUGCGAUUGAAAGUUAUAAGAAAGCAGCAAAUGCUUGGAAAAGUGGACAAUUUGCACAAGAAGUUAUUCCAGUUACUGUGAAAGGAGCAAGAAGUGAAGUUGUUGUAACUGAAGAUGAAGAAUAUAAAAAACUUGUUGAAUCAAAAGUAUCAAGUCUUCGCCCAGUUUUUAUUCGUGAUUCAACUGGAACUAUCACAGCUGCAAAUGCUUCUUCAUUAAAUGAUGGAGCUGUUGCUUCAGUUGUUGUUGGAGAAGAUAGUAUUCCAGCUGGAGUUCAACCAUUGGCUGAACUUGUUGCGUUUGCUGAAGCUGGAAGAGAACCAGUUGAUUUUACUGUUGCUCCAGUUAAUGCUGUUCAAACACUUCUUGCUUCAACUGGUCUUCAAGUUACUGAUAUUGCACUUUGGGAACUCAAUGAGGCAUUUUCGGUGACUGCUUUGGCGUUUAUUCAAGAUUUAGGAAUCGAUUCGAAUCUUGUUAAUGUUAAAGGAGGUGCUGUUGCUAUUGGACAUCCACUUGGGUAAGAAAAAUUAUCUAAUUUUUGCCUUUUUCAAGCUAUUUUGUUCAUUUUUCAGAAUGUCUGGAUUAAGAAUCGUCAACUCAUUGAUUUAUUCAUUGGCACCUGGUCAACUUGGAAUUGCAGCAAUUUGUAAUGGUGGAGGAGAAGCCACCGCUGUUUUGAUCAGAAAAUUGUGA